AUGCAUGCAGGCACUUUGCCAGAUGGCACAUUCAUAAGGUACAAACAAAUCGAAAGGAAGCUCAUGAUGCUUGAAAUCAGAGAGGCAUAUGUGCGCAAAGAAAUAGAAACACUUAAGAGAGAAGAGAGUCACAGUAAGGAUGAACUCAACAGAGUGAAGAGUGUGCCACUAAUCAUGGGGCAGUUUCUGGAGCCAAUUGAUGCAAACACAGCAAUAGUUGGCUCUACAGCAGGAAGCAACUUUGUUGUGAAGAUUUUGUCAACUGUCGAUAGGGAAUUGCUAAAGCCAAACACAACGGUUGCGUUACACAGGCAUUCUAGUGCAAUUGUAGAUGUACUUCCUCCAGAGGUGGAUAGCACGAUUCCUGUGCUUGGAGAUGAGGAAAAACCUGAUGUGACAUAUGCAGAUGUGGGAGGACUUGAUGUGCAGAAGCAGGAGAUCAGAGAGACAGUGGAACUUCCAUUAUUGCAGUUUGAUCUCUACAGACAGAUAGGAAUAGAUCCACCGCAAGGUGUAUUGCUGUACGGGCCGCCAGGUACAGGAAAGACAAUGCUUGUGAAAGCGGUUGCGAAUCAUACAAAAGCAACGUUUAUCAGGGUGAAUGGGUCUGAGUUUGUACAGAAAUACCUUGGGGAGGGACCUAGGAUGGUCAGAGAUGUAUUCAGACUUGCAAGGGAAAGAGCGCCAUCAAUAGUUUUUAUUGAUGAGGUUGAUUCGAUUGCAACAAAGAGGUUUGAUGCAUCGACAUCUGCAGAUCGGGAGGUGCAAAGAGUACUGAUUGAGCUACUGAACCAGAUGGACGGGUUUGAUCAGUCAACGAAUGUGAAGGUGAUAAUGGCAACGAACAGGGCAGACACGAUUGAUCCAGCACUUCUAAGACCUGGACGACUUGACAGGAAGAUAGAGUUUCCAUAUCCGGAUAGAAGACAGAAAAGGCUUGUACUGAAUGCAAUUACAUCGAAGAUGAGUAUUGGGGAUGAUGUUGAUAUUGAGAGUCUUGUGCAUCGACCUGAGAGGAUCAGCUGUGCAGACAUAAACUCUGUGUGCCAGGAGGCAGGGAUGCUUGCGGUACGUGGAAGCAGAUAUGUGGUGAUGCAGAAGGACUUUGAGGAAGCAUACUCGAAGGUUGUGGAGAGAGGAGAAGGACAACCUGCAUUCUACAAUUAA